UGUCGAUGUAAUCGUGCAUCGGUUUGAUGUUCUCCGAAAUUUUAACUACUAGUAUUGAAUGUACUCGGGACAUUUAAACAUGCUCGACUUUGCCAUAUUUGCUGUGACUUUCGCCGUUGUGCUCAUUGUUGCUGUCGUUUAUCUGUAUCCUGGGUCAACUCGGUCAACCACAAUUCCAGGGCUCACUCCAGCUGAUGCGAAGGAAGGUAAUUUACCAGACAUUAGUGCAGCUGGAAGUUUCCAUCAGUUUCUUACAACUCUGCACCAAGAAUUUGGAAAUAUAGCAUCGUUUUACUAUGGUACACAGUUAUGUGUGAGCUUGGCAUCACCAGCUUUAUGGAAACAGCAUCUUAAAGUAUUUGACAAGCCACCUGAUCUCUUCUUAUUUUACCAACCAAUGGUUGGCGAGGGUAGUCUUCUAUAUGCAAAUAAGGCAGAUGGAAGAAGUCGUAGAAAUCUACAUAGCAAGUGUUUUAAUGAUGAUACUAUGAAGAAGUAUUGCCAAGCAUUCAAUACAGCAUCUGAAGAGAUAAAAGACAAGUUCUCCUCCAUGUCCAAAGAGGAACACAUCCCAAUAUGUCAGUACAUGACUGCACUGGCUCUCAAGACAAUCAUCAAAACUUUAUUUGGCAAGUAUUUUGAGGAUGACAGGAAAGUGCUUGAACUUAAGAAGAAUUUUGAUAUUUGCUGGCAUGAAAUAGAGUUGAGACUGAAUGAAGAACCAACUGAAGGAAGUGCAAGACAAAAGAGAUUUGAGAAAGCUCUGGAAAACAUUCAGACUUUAUUUUGUGAUGUUAGAAGGCAAUGCAUAGAUAAGCCAUCAAGUGAAAAGGACCGACUGUUUAUUGAUACUUUGGUGGCUUCAGAUUGUUCUGAAGAUGAGAUUGUGAGUGACUGUAUCACAUACCUUGUUGGUGGUUUUCAUACCACAGCAUACUUGUUGUCAUGGGGAUUGUAUUUCUUGGCAACUGACAAAGAUGCUCAGGAGAAGGUCAGUGAAGAAGUGGAUGAGUUGUUACAACAAGAUGGAAAGAUUGACAAUGGAAAUGUAAAUAAACUAAUUUAUCUGAAUCAAGUAGUGAAGGAAACACUUAGGUGUUCAAUUCUGUCACCAUGGACGGCAAGAUACCAAGAUAUUGAUGUGGAAAUUGGCGGUCAUAUUAUAUCAAAAAAUACGCCAGUGAUGCAUGCAUUGGGUGUUGUUUUGCAGGAUGAAGCUGUGUGGCCAGAACCUAAAAAAUUUGAUCCUGAACGUUUCUCUGCUGACAAUUCCAAGGACUUUGAUGAUGUUGCUUUCUCUCCUUUUGGAUUCGCUGGUCGACGUACUUGCCCAGGAUCGAAAUACGCUACGAUAGAAGCGGUCAUAUUCUUAGCUGAGCUGUGUCAUAAGUUCAAGUGGCACAUGGUAGAGGGACAGGUGGUGGAAUCCAAAUACGGAUUGGUGACACAUCCAAAAGAAGAGAUCUGGGUGACCAUUUCAAAGAGAUAAUAUAUAUUAUUUUAAACGCAUAUUAUUUCAAUGAAUUCUGUAAAUGCAAAUAGUAGUCUGGGUUAUGAGUACAAGUCUGACAGAAAUGUUGUUUUUGUUUACACAAACAAUGGAUGAUAUAUGUUGCAUGCUCCAUGCCUAAGCAUGCUUGCAAUGUACAAGUUACCAAUACUAUUGUUAUUAACUGCCAUGUUUCAUUUCGGUGCUUUCUAAUAUUGCAUGCUUCGCAAGAAAUUUUUUGCAAUGAAUCAACGACACAAAAAACAAUGAGCACACUUGGUUUGUGCACGACAAGCAUUCUUAGUUUACUCAUACGAGAAGCGGUCUUGAUAUUCUGUUGUACAAUGUACAUUUUAAGGGAAAGUGACAAGAACUUUUCCAACUACAUUUGUGCUAUAUUUUUAAAAAAAUCCAGUAGCUUUUCUUUAUUAGUUUAUUUUCAAAACCAGGGCAAUUAUACAUUAUUUUAUGAAUAUGGACCAAUGACUAGUCAUAAUGUUCAUUUUCAAGAAUGUUUUCUGCCACAUUGCUUAAUAUACAAAUGUUGUUGCAAUUACAAACACAAUUCCCAAUUAAACCUAUUGACUACCAGGUAAUGUUUUAAAACUUUAAAUUUUUUCAGAUGAUUAUUCAUGCGAGCACAAUUUAUAGAAUGCAAUUCAUAUGUGUGUAGGAUGGGAGGCUAACAAAAGACGGUUUUCAAAGCUGCAUAUCAGAUAAAGUUGUAUUGCUGGCAAUGUUUUUUUUGAAAGCCCUUAACAUAUUUAAAUCAAGAAUCACAAAGUAAUGGCAUGCAUGAGCUCUGAUCCAAGCCUGGCAUAUUUUGUCAUAUAUCUAUAUUAUUAAUGUCUUCACUACAAUCAAUUCUGUCAUGCAUUGUUGUGAAUUCUGCUUUGGUGUGCAUUAAACUCAACUUACCGAGGAAGUACAUAUUGUUCAAUGUUUUCUUAAAUGCACUGGCAACAUUCUGUAAAGGGGGUAUACUCAGUUUCCUGAAAACCUAUAAGAGUGGCAAUUAAAAUAUUUGAACAAAUUUUAUAAAUAAUCAGGCUUGAAAAUUGUAGUUCUGUCGCUGUAAAAUAUAAUGUGCAUCUAUGCUAAGUCAUUUGUACAUAGGUUUAUUAUUUGGUAAUAAAGACAUUUUGUGCAAGUGAAA